GGAGCGCGCCCGCGGCCCCGGAGUCCCGGAGAAUGGGGCGCGGCGGCCAGACCCGUAGCGGUAGCGUAACAAAGAGAAAAGUCUUGCUUUUCCAGGUUCGCUCUCAUGUAUUUGAGUAAUUUCUAAAAGGGGUCUUGAACUUCUAUUCUGAACGCCCUGGCCGAUUGUUGCGGGUUAAUUCUGGAUCAGGGUUUUAAAUGUGUUAGGCAUAUUUGUGCCUCUCAGAAUAUGUAAACGUGAAAUUCGCCAGAUAACUUUGGCGAGAAGGGGCGCAGGGAAGGGCUGUUUGGUAACGCCUGGGUUUGUUUUUGGAGUAGAAUGUUUACUCUGGAAAAAAGAAUUCUUGGAUCUGCAAAUUCCGACUUGUGAUUUCUGCAAAUCCUGAUUAGAUUGGCCGCUUUUGGCAUGCUCGUCCUGUUUUUUGCUGAGAAAGCCUUAUAAUAAUAGCGUAUGCUCACAAACACAUUCAAAACAUUCGUGUGCUCCAAGUGACAACUGCUGUAUGCCUAAUAGUUGCUGACAGUUUAUUUAUUUUUUUAAGUUUGGGAUACGACAGUAAUUUUACUCUCAGUAUAGUCCGUUUUGUUUCUAGGGCAUUUUAUUCUGGAGCAUCUACGCGCAGAUGUUUUCUCUGUGAGAAACAUGGGUUUAAUGCUAUAGCUAUAGAUAUUACUCUAAAAAUGUCACAUACGUUCUCCUUUUAGUGCUUAUUUUAUUUUAAAGCAACGUUGGCAAAAUUACACGUGGUGAGGACCUUAAUAGGAAGGGGAAUCGCUAUAAGAUUGAGAAGUAAAGUGUAUUUGAGAAACUUUUGGAAAGGGAUGUAGAGAGGGAAAAUUAAAAUGAAUUCACAAAUAGUUCAGACUGCCUUUUGUAAACUUGUACUGAAGCAGAAUCUAGUAUGUAUUCGUUUACUUACCACAAAACGGAAAGAUUUUGUAGAGAAACAAAAUCAUCGUUUUCCUUUAAUAGCUAUUUAUAAAUUAUAUUUACUUUAGUAAAUAAUUCCAGACCCAAUCACUUUCAUAUUAUUGCAUAUUAUUUUAUACCUGAAACAGCCCUCCCCAAAGAACUCUUAAAUUUGUACUCAUCUUGGUUUUAUUAUCUUCAGACAUUGAUAAUUGUAUUACAUCAUUUGGCAACAAAUACUUCAUAUUACUGAAAAUUAGGAUGUGUAGAUCAUUGAUAAAUUUGUAAAUUAUUAAACAAAAAAAUUAUUUUAACAUAGUGGGUUUUAUAUAAAUAAGCAAAAAGCAAGCCAUUCUUAUGGAUAGAUCUUGGGGGGAUGCACCAUAUACACACAGACUGCAACUUUUUCAAUUUCAUCUACUAAAAUAAUUUGACUUUUCCUUUAUCCCUGAUGCAGUAAUACAUUUCAAGUCUCAGGGACAAUUGAACGUUUUACUGAGUUUGCUUAAUCAGAGCUUAAGUUAAUAAUUAAGUUAUACAGUGUAGUAUAUAUUGCUUUCAAGGCGUAGUUCUACGUAGUGAAAAGACUACCAUAUUUGAAUGGCAUCUAAUACAAAUAUUUAUCUUUCCUCUACACAUAUGCAAUAUCUUGUCUGUUCGUCUACACUACUUAAUCCGCCCGGUUUCCAGUUACCAUAAUUUUUAUAUAAAAUUGAAACCCACCAUCUGAUCUCAUGAAAGGGUGUUUAGUAUGCAUAUUUAUAAUCCUUAAAUAUUUACACUCUUGGUUUAUCAAUUUUCUGGUUAAAAGCUUAUUAUUUAAAGUUGUCAUUUGCUAAUUUUUUUCCAUCUUGCUUUACUUAUUUAUUUAGUUUAUACCCCGAAACAUCAAAGAGCAUUGAAAACUACUGGAAGUGGAAACCAUAUCUUUUUAAUAUUUAUUUUCUGUUUCCCUCCAUAGUAUGGUGCUUUUACCUACAGAAGGCACGCAGCAAAUGCUGUUAAUUAACACAGUGCUUUAGGUAGUUUCAGCUGUGUUUUUUUCUUCUGGCCUGCCCCAACCCUUGUUUUUAAUAUUUUGAUUUUCCUGGCUAUGGGGAAUAACUAGAGCUCAAAACAAACAAAAAACUAGCCAGAUAGAACCGUGGUUGGGUCCUUAUUAGAGAUACAGCUCUGUAUGUAAUUAUAGCAUGGUUGUAAUCUCCUUAAAGACAGCGACGGCUUAGGGAUUCGUCUUAGAUUUCUCACGAUGCUCAUUACGCUGUCUUGUACCCAGAGACGCAACACACAUUUGUGGAAUGGAAUUUCAAAAUGUUAAGUUUGGCAAAGCCUAGGGUAGUAGCCGAACCCUUUUCUCCAGCUCUGCCAUUCCCUAACGCUGUGUGCCCCAUCACCUCUGGGCCUGAGACGCAGUCAGGAAAGCAGGACCCAGCAAAGGACUGGGAGUGUGGAAUUUGGGAUCGAUUCCCAGCUUAGCCCGUCCUAGCGUGAAACUGCGAAAGCCGCUUCUCUUCCUGAAGCCUUGGUUCUGCCUGCUAGAUGAGAGGGUCGGGAGCAGAUCCUGCCUCUCCGCGCGGUCCGGGGCCGGAGCUCAGCGUAGCCAGCUAUAGCUGGGUCUCGCUAAGCGAUUCAUCCCCAACAGGCAACCUCUGCGCAGAAGAAGGUGGGGAACCGUCUCAGGACCCUGGAAAUAUCCGGGAUUUUGUAGACUCGUCUAGGGGGAAAAAAACGAAUCCAGCUGAUAACAAAAAUUCCCAGCUGGUGCUCGCUCCCAUUUGCCUCAGCCCAGAAGUUACCAUCAACAGGUCUGGUUAAAAACUCGGUUAGAGCCCGGCGUGGUGGCGCGCACCUGUGGUCCCAGCUACCCGGGAGGCUGAGGCGGGAGGAUCGCUUGAGCCCAGGUGUUCGAGGCUGCGGUGAGCUACGAUGGCGCCACUGCAGUCCAGCCUGGGUGGCAUAGCAAGACUUCGCUCUAUAAAACACGUUGUAAGGAGCGUAUUUCGAGGUCCUGUGGCUCCAAAGCGGGUAUGACAACCUCUCCACCGCCAGUAGGGCUCGCGCUGGUCCCUUUAAAUGUUUCCUUCGGGAGCAGAGGGACUGGUCCUUUUAGAGCGCGUCCGUCCAGAAACGCGGCUGCAGAAAGAGGGUUCCGGAGCCUCCGAGUCUACUGGUUGUCCUGGCAACGCCGCUUGCUCUUCCCAAGGGGAGGACGCGGAAGAAGCCGGGGCCUGAGUGCUCCAAGGCCCCGUGGGCUUCCUGCGUUUGUUGCCCCCCCAGCCGCUCAUUAACUCAGGAUGGCGUGGAAGGCCUCGCCCGCCUCCCGUUCUGGGCCGCGGCUCCGCUUAAGUGAAGGCCUGUUUGGGCGUCCCCACCCUGGAGAGGGGCCGGGGUCUGGAUUUUCAGAACUGCCACUCUUCCAGUGGUAAAUGAAUGGAUAACGAGCAUUUGUAGGGUAUUUUAUGAUGUUUAUCAGUAAAUCAAUUUGAUGACGUGAAUACUUCCACAAGCGCUUGUUAGGCACCUCACCGCGUCUGAACCACACACCUGCCAUUCUUAGUGGGGAUUAUUCCUCCCAUUUGCCUUCAGGGUUAAUUUUCUAAAGGGAUUGGGACUGGAACCUAGCUCUUUUGGGGGUAUUUUGCACUUUUCUCACUUAAGAACUAAAGAACUCUGACAUUUGGAGUACUACAACCUGAAAGAGUUAUACCUAUGAAGAAACACCACCUUAUCCAAAAUAGGAAGAGGACCACGAAUACUAACAUUUGGGAUUAUAGUAGUGCUGGCCAUUAUCUCAUUUAAUCCUGACGAUGGCCUAGCUUGCUCUCCCUAUUUGUAGGAUACAGUGAAGGGUGGAGUCUGACCCUGAGCCCAACACAACUCUGAGAUAAAAUUCCACCCUGCCUCCCGGGUCCUGUUAGUGCCUCCUUUUUCCAGCGGGUGGGGACGGCUUAUUAUUUGGACACAGCUUGACUGGCUUUUCUUUAUAUUAAGCAAAGCCCAGCGUUACCUUUGCUUAAGUAACGGCGUUCCUCUUUCCCCAGCGCUGGCGUCGAUGCUCACUUCCUCGGGCCAUUGGAGACUCCGUUGCUUUUUAAUGGCGGCAGCGGCUGCUGGGUGAGCAGCUGGAGGCCGGACAGUGUUCGUCCCAUUCGGAGAGGAUUGAUUUCUCCUGGCGUCACCACCGCUGGGUUGGUGGGGGUAGCUUUUCCCUGUUUGCUCCUCCACUCUUGAAGAAAGAAGAAGAUGCCACUGCCAUUUGGGUUGAAACUGAAACGCACCCGGCGCUACACGGUGUCUAGCAAGAGCUGCCUGGUUGCCCGGAUCCAGCUGCUUAAUAACGAGUUUGUGGAGUUCACCCUGUCCGUGGAGAGCACUGGCCAGGAAAGCCUCGAGGCCGUGGCCCAGAGGCUGGAGCUGCGGGAGGUCACUUACUUCAGCCUUUGGUACUACAACAAGCAAAAUCAGCGCCGGUGGGUAGAUUUGGAAAAACCUUUGAAGAAGCAGCUGGAUAAAUAUGCAUUGGAACCGACCGUCUAUUUUGGAGUGGUGUUUUAUGUGCCUUCAGUUUCUCAGCUGCAGCAGGAGAUUACCAGGUAUCAGUAUUAUCUGCAACUGAAGAAAGAUAUCUUGGAAGGAAGUAUUCCUUGUACCUUAGAACAAGCAAUUCAGCUAGCAGGCUUAGCUGUUCAAGCUGAUUUUGGUGACUUUGAUCAGUAUGAAUCCCAGGACUUUCUUCAGAAAUUUGCCUUGUUUCCUGUGGUAAGACUUCUUUUGACACUGGGCUUUUUAAAACAAACAGUUCAUUCCUAUACCCUUAAUAAUUUGCUUCUUUUGGGUUGCAGAGGGCUCGUAGCUCCUGAUGCUGAAAUGCUGUACAUGCAGGAGGUAGAGAGAAUGGAUGGCUAUGGAGAAGAGAGCUACCCUGCUAAGGAUAGCCAAGGAAGUGACAUAUCCAUUGGAGCGUGUCUUGAAGGUAUCUUUGUGAAACACAAGAGUGGAAGGCAUCCUGUGGUAUUUAGGUGGCAUGACAUUGCCAACAUGUCGCACAACAAGUCCUUUUUUGCAUUAGAACUGGCAAAUAAAGAGGAGACCAUCCAAUUUCAAACUGAAGACAUGGAAACUGCAAAAUACAUUUGGAGACUCUGUGUUGCGCGACACAAGUUUUACAGACUAAACCAGUGUAACCUGCAAACUCAGACUGUCACAGUGAACCCAAUCAGGAGGAGGUCUUCUUCAAGGAUGUCUCUGCCUAAACCCCAGCCCUACGUGAUGCCUCCCCCACCACAGCUACACUAUAAUGGACAUUAUACAGAACCAUAUGCUUCUUCCCAAGAUAACCUCUUUGUGCCCAACCAGAACGGAUACUACUGUCACUCUCAGACAAGCUUGGAUAGAGCCCAGAUUGACCUCAAUGGUCGGAUUCGUAACGGCAGUGUCUACAGCGCACACAGCACCAACUCCUUAAAUAAUCCUCAGCCCUACUUGCAGCCCUCGCCGAUGUCGUCCAACCCAAGCAUCACCGGGAGUGACGUCAUGAGGCCUGACUACGUCCCAUCCCAUCGGCACAGCGCCCUGAUACCCCCGUCCUACCGCCCCACCCCAGACUAUGAGACUGUGAUGAAGCAGCUCAACAGGGGCCUGGUGCAUGCGGAACGGCAGAGCCACUCGCUGCGAAACCUCAACAUCGGCAGCUCGUACGCCUACAGCAGGCCCGCGGCGCUGGUCUACAGCCAGCCCGAGAUCCGCGAGCACGCGCAGCUCCCCUCGCCGCCGACGGCGCACUGCCCGUUCAGCCUGAGCUACAGCUUCCACAGCCCGUCUCCCUACCCCUACCCCGCCGAGCGGCGGCCCGUGGUGGGCGCGGUCAGCGUGCCCGAGCUGACGAACGCGCAGCUGCAGGCGCAGGACUACCCGGCCCCCAACAUCAUGCGGACGCAGGUGUACCGGCCACCCCCACCCUACCCGCCCCCCAGGCCAGCCAACAGCACGCCCGACCUGUCCCGCCACUUGUACAUCAGCAGUAGCAACCCCGACCUCAUCACGCGGCGCGUGCACCACUCGGUGCAGACGUUCCAGGAGGACAGCUUGCCCGUGGCGCACUCGCUGCAGGAAGUCAGCGAGCCCCUCACCGCCGCGCGCCACGCACAGCUGCACAAGCGGAACAGCAUCGAGGUGGCCGGGCUCAGCCACUGCCUGGAGGGCCUGCGGCUCAAGGAGCGGACGCUGUCCGCGUCGGCGGCGGAGGUGGUGCCGCGAGCCCUCUCGGCGGGCUCCCAGCCCAGCGUUUUCACCGAGAGAACGAAGCGGGAAGGGCAGGAGGCGGCGGAGGGUUUGAGAUACGGCCAUGAGAAGUCCCUGUCAGACGCCACCAUGCUGAUCCACAGCAGCGAGGAGGAAGAGGACGAGGACUUCGAGGAGGAGAGCGGGGCCCGGGCGCCCCCUGGACGUGCGCGCGAGCCCCGGCCUGGCCUGACCCAGGACCCACCUGGCUGCCCUCGCGCCCUGCUCGCCGGGCCCCUGCACAUCCUCGAGCCCAAGGCCCACGUCCCGGACUCGGAGAAGAGGAUGAUGGACAGCAGUCCCGUCCGCACGACCGCAGAGGCCCAGCGGCCCUGGAGAGACGGGCUGCUGACGCCCUCCAUGUCGGAGUCCGACCUCACCACGUCUGGCCGCUACCGAGCCCGGAGGGACUCCCUGAAGAAGAGGCCGGUGUCAGACCUCCUCUCUGGGAAGAAGAACAUCGUGGAAGGGCUCCCGCCCCUGGGGGGAAUGAAAAAGACUCGAGUAGAUGCAAAAAAAAUUGGUCCUCUUAAACUGGCUGCCCUAAACGGACUCUCCCUAUCUCGAGUGCCUCUGCCUGAUGAAGGAAAGGAAGUGGCUACCAGAGCAACAAAUGAUGAAAGGUGUAAAAUUCUGGAACAACGAUUAGAACAAGGAAUGGUAUUCACAGAAUAUGAAAGAAUUCUUAAGAAACGGCUAGUUGAUGGGGAGUGCUCAACAGCACGACUCCCUGAAAAUGCAGAAAGAAAUCGAUUCCAAGAUGUUCUUCCUUAUGACGAUGCGAGAGUGGAGUUGGUCCCAACUAAAGAAAACAACACUGGUUACAUCAAUGCAUCACAUAUUAAGGUCUCUGUCAGUGGAAUUGAAUGGGAUUAUAUUGCCACACAGGGACCAUUACAGAAUACCUGUCAAGAUUUUUGGCAGAUGGUAUGGGAACAGGGAAUUGCAAUUAUAGCAAUGGUGACAGCAGAAGAGGAGGGUGGAAGGGAGAAGAGCUUUAGGUAUUGGCCACGACUUGGUUCCAGGCACAACACUGUCACCUAUGGAAGGUUUAAGAUCACGACCCGCUUCCGCACAGACUCUGGCUGCUAUGCCACCACGGGCCUGAAGAUGAAGCACCUCCUUACUGGGCAAGAGAGGACCGUCUGGCACCUCCAAUACACAGACUGGCCUGAGCAUGGCUGUCCAGAAGACCUCAAGGGAUUUUUAUCGUAUCUUGAAGAGAUCCAGUCUGUUCGACGCCAUACAAAUAGCACAAGUGAUCCCCAAAGCCCAAACCCUCCGUUGCUGGUCCACUGCAGUGCUGGGGUAGGAAGGACUGGCGUGGUUAUUUUGUCGGAGAUCAUGAUCGCCUGCCUGGAACACAAUGAGGUACUGGACAUCCCGAGAGUACUGGACAUGCUGAGGCAACAGAGAAUGAUGCUGGUGCAGACUCUCUGCCAGUACACGUUUGUGUACAGAGUUCUCAUCCAGUUCCUGAAAAGCUCCAGGCUCAUCUAAGCUCCCAGAUUCCUUACGGGGCCAGUCACGUGAAGCGUUUACAGCUUUAAAAAAAAGCGCUUGCCUAACUCAUACUUUCCCCCCUUGACACUUGAUCCACGCAGCGUGGCACUGGGACAUAAAUGGUGCAGUCUGAAUGGCGGCGCACUGAAGGAAAUGUGCGAAGCACAAGCUGAAGACGGGUUUCUAACCUGGGAAAGGUGCUCAAGGAGGACUUGGUUUCAAGGGCCUUGCCCUGCCCUGGUCUGUCCGGUUUGCAGUACUUGCACACAUUUUGGAGAUUGUAUUUUCUAGACAAUGCUCUAUUUUACUGAAGCUAUGCUGGGCAAUUCUGGCAAUCAUUAAAGCGCAUAGAUUUCUAUCUUAAACUAAUUUUUGAUAAUGGAGUUUUAUUUUAUGACAAAUAUUUAGGGAUUUUCUAGUGAGAAACAACUUUGUGUAGGGAUGAUCCACAGAUAUGAGUGGCUCCUAUAUAACUUUGUAUUUAAAAAUCAUGUUAUUAUCUUUUGUAAUUUUUUGAAAACCUUGGUUACUUAAUGGUUUAGUUACCAAACUGAAAACUAUACUGAGAAUCUAUAAGUGUUAUUUUGAAACAUCAAAAGGAUUUUUCUAUCCAGAACAUUUUUUAUCCUAAAAAUUCUAUAUAGUUGUAUCUUCUCUAUUUUUCAAAUGAGAGCUCAACUCAUUUAGAUACUGAAAUGAGUCAGUUAAUGUAAAGUUGGGAUGAAGGCACAUUAUUUAAAAUGUAAGAGAAUAAACAUUAUUUUUUCAGUAUUACUCAUAAAUCUAAAUGAAUUUGAUUUUAUUGGUUGAAAAUGAAGUGAAAAACAAUUGCCUAGGGUGGUUUUAAGCACUUUUUUUGUUAAAAACAUAUCUCAGUUUUAAUGUAUGUGUUGUUUUGUAGAUGGCACAAUAACAAUGGGCACUGAGAAGUGUUUUGGGAGAGAUUAAGGACUAAGUAUGUAAGAUGACUAGGACAAGAGUGGGGGAGUGUGAUGGUAAAUGCAGGAUGCCUUCGUCUUUACAAAAAUGCAGUAUUAUCUGUACUCAGACUGAGGUGCUGGGAUGGAGAGCAGGGGCUUGGAGUAUGGGGGCUGACCCCACAGCACUGUCCCCAGGGAAUUCAAGUCCUCUCACAGCCCGUGACUUACUCUGUUUCCUUGGGGGUUUUCCCACCUAAACCUGUAUUGUUUCUUUUUCAUAAAUAAAUUCAGCAUUAUAGUAUCAUUAAAAGAAGCCUUGAAAAGGCGUAUUUUUCCUUUUGGUUGAAGGAAGGGAAUAGUUAAUAAUAGUUUUCACCUCUUCUCCCACAAAGUACAGUCCAAAUUUGUGCACAGAGAUUGCUAUGGUAUUCAAGAGGUACUUGCAUUUUAGCUCCUUAAUUCCCUGGUCAGUGUUAGCUGUUUAGUGCCCCCUCACCCAUCACGUUUAGGCACAUCCCAAUAGACAGAACCAGGCUGAGUUACAGGGGGAGUGUGUCAUCACUGGCCCAGAUUAAGAUGGCCUCGUCAGAAUGACCGUUGAGUAGGUACGGAUGAAUGGAAUAUUUAGUGGAGGAACCCUUUCCUUUUUCCUUCUUUUUGGGGUCUCUUCUUAAAAUGAAAAGCUUCCAAAAUAUCAAAUCUAGGGCUGUUUCCUAAAUUACACUAUUCUAGGCAUCAUUUUGAUUCCCAUAUCACUCCUUAACUCACUUCUUUGAGCACUACAAGUAUGUUGUCAGCCAGGAGACAGGACUUCCUAAAUAGUGUGUGCACCAGCCUAACUCUGCCUUACUCAGAAACCAACCACCUAAGAGGAAACUCAGAAGAUAUUAAUGAAAACUAAUUGAAAGUAUGCACACUUCUCAUGUAGGAACAAAAUUAAAAUUUUACAUUUUUAUUUUACAACGUAAAUUACAUUUUGUAGCAACAAAAUGUAAAUUUUGUAAAUACAAAAUUCUUUUUAAAGUCCUGUUUAAAGAACAAUAGAACUAAGUGAAAAUAUUCAGAACGAGCUCCUUAGAAAAAAGGAGUAAGAAUUUUUUACUGGGACUAUUUCCCAUCUCUAGAAAAAGUGCUUCUUCCCUUCCCCCUCCCUCUCCAUGGUACGUUUUUGUGAAAAUGCUUUUCUAUCAGGUUUAAACAGUUUGACGUAGCUCAUUGACAAGAACAUAUUGUAAAACACAUCUAAUUAAAGAGUAAUAUAUGGUCUAUUUGUGUUUCUGUUGUAAUAAUUUGAUAAGUAAACUUCUGAGGGCAAAAUUACUGUUUAAAUCUAUCACUCUUAAAAUGUUGCAUGUUUGACAUCGUUCCUAAGAGCCAUGUAAUUUUAAACAUUUAAUUGCAGUUAGUGAAUAUGAAAGGAUUUCUGAAUAAAAAUCUAUCCACAUUA